AUGCGCUCUCCAGAGAGCUGGUCUUCCCGUGCUUGUGCGAAAUGGCGACUUUCCGGGCCUGCCAUGUUCCUGACCCUCCUUCUCGUCUUGGCCGGGGGGGCCCCAUGUGCCCACGUGGGCUGGCCGGUGCGAGAACGGGCCAGCUCCAGCCCCCCGGGCGGUGGUGCGCGUUGUGAAGUUCCACCUGGGGUUGUCGGCUGCUCCAAGCCCAUCUGCCUCUUGCCUUGCAGCCGCGAGGAGGCGGAGGCCAUCGAGAAAGAGCUGCUGGAAGAUUACAGGUUUGGUCGGCAGCAGCUGAUUGAGAUCUGGGGCCACGCCUGUGCCAUGGCAGUGACCAAGGUGUUCCCGCUGCCCUCCCUCCCCCGGAAGCAGCCUACGGUGCUUGUGGUGUGCGGCCCCGAUCAAAACGGCGCCAUCGGCUUGGUGUGCGCACGGCAUUUGCGGGUGUUCGAGUACGAGCCGACCAUCUUUUAUCCCAAACGCUCCUUGAAUUCCUUGUACCGGGAUUUCACCACCCAGUGCGAAAAGAUGGACAUCCCCUUCCUCUCGUACCUGCCGACGGAGGUCCAGCUGAUCAACGACGCCUACAACCUGGUGAUCGACGCCAUCCUGGGAGCUGAUGCGGAGCCGGGCGAGGUGCAGGAGCCGUACACCAGCAUCUUAGCCACCCUGAAGCAGAUCCGGAUCCCCAUCAUCAGCCUGGACGUGCCCUCAGGGUGGGACGUGGAGGCGGGAAACAGCGAGGGCAUCAGCCCCGACAUGCUGGUCUCCUUGGCUGCCCCCAAGCAGUGCGCCACCCGCUUCCUGGGCAGGCACCACUUCCUCGCCGCCCGCUUCCUGCCCUACGACGUGCAGAAGAAAUUUGAGCUCAACCUGCCCGAGUACCCCGGCACAGAGUGUGUGGUUUCGCUUUAGGGCGGGGCAGGGAGGGGAGCUGGCCAGGGGCGGGGAAGGGGAGC